AUGGCCCUCCAGGCCACUCCAGAGCAAAUGCCAGAGAAAACUGUGGCACAUGUGCCAGAGCAUGCCAUGGCCCUCCAGGCAUGCCAGCCACUCCAGAGCAAAUUCUGGAGUAAACUGUGGCACAUGUGCCAGAGCACUCCAGAGCAGGCCAUGGCCCUCUGGGCACAUGUGCUGGAGCAUGCCAUGGCCCUCUGGGAUAAGCUGUGGCAUGCCAGCCACUCCAGAGCAAAUUCCAGAGUAAACAGCAGCACAUGUGCCAGAGCAUGCCAUGGCCCUCUGGAGCACACUGCAACACAUGUUCCAGAGCAUACCAUAGCAUUCCAGAGCACUCCAGAGCAGGCCAUGGCCCUCUGGAAUAAGCUGUGGCAUAUUUUCCGAAGCAAACUGUGGCAUGCCAGCCACUCUGGAGCAAAUUCUGGAGCAAAUGCCAGAAAAAACUGUGGCACAUGUGCCAGAGCAUGCCAUGGCCCUCCAGAGCACACUGCAGCACAUGUGCCAGAGCAAACCAUAGCAUUCUGGAGCACUCCAGAGUAG